UAUUCGUUGGGCAAAAGGAAAAGAUGGGAAACGGACGGCAAAAGCAAUCAGACUCGCCCCCUCCCAAGCUCUUUGUCGGUGUUUAUUCUCACCCUGUCCCUCACCCUUACCCUAAACAUCUCCUCUCUGUGAUGCUUCUGGUUAAUGUCAUUUUUCAGUUGAAAUCUGAAUAUGCACAGAUGAGUCGGAAAAGAAAAGAAAGGAAGAAGAGAUGGAACAGAGCAGCAUGAUGAUUGAGAAUCCCUCUUCGGUGCAUGAAAUCAUGAAAUCAGAAAACAAGAGCAAGGUUUAUGGUAACGGCGGAAGAGAUGUUAUGCCUGGGAGUGAUGUUUGGACAGAUGGACUUAUUUGUGCCUUUGAAUUCUCUCCGAGGCGUACUCCCAAAUCCACUCCCUCAACCACAGCUCCUUCUUCCUCCAACAUGUUUAGCACCAGACACACAGUUAAUAGUGAGUUAUCAAAGGAUGGCGGAAUGCCUGAGAGACAGGAGAGUUGCAAUUUAUUAGAAUCGUCGUCUGUUAAUCGCAAUUCCCCUUCUUCUGAUGCUCAGAAGAAGAUCCUCCCAUCAAGACAGGACAGACAUGAGGAUGGCCGUUGGAUACCCGUUGGCUGGGAUAGGAUUUCUCAGCUUGUCCAAACUGUGCAAAUUGACGUUGACUGGCCAACACAGCAAGUAGGGUUGCCGGAUGAUGAACUCGGUCCUACUGUUGCAGAUUUAGCAGCUCCCUAUUGGGAGCGUCCAGCGGGCCCUACUUGGUGGUGUCAUGUCGCCGCAAGUCACACCUCUGUCCAGGCAUGGCUCAACAAUGCUAAGUGGUUGCAUCCUGCCAUCAGUUUAGCUUUGAGAGAUGAAAGUCGACUCAUCAGUGAGCGGAUGAAGCACCUUUUUUAUGAGGUCCCAGUAAGGGUUGCUGGAGGUCUGCUGUUUGAGCUCUUGGGACAAUCCGCCGGCGAUCCAUUUGUUGAUGAGGAUGACAUUCCUGUUGUACUGCGCUCCUGGCAUGCACAAAACUUUCUUGUAACUGCACUGCACAUAAAGGGGCAUGUGUCAAGAGUGAAUGUUUUGGGUAUCACUGAAGUUCAGGAACUUCUUUUUCUUGGAGGCUGUAAUGGUCCAAAAACAGUGCAUGAGGUCAUUGCACAACUAGCUAGUCGGAUGUCUAGGUGGGAUGAUAGGCUGUUUCGAAAAUCUAUAUUCGGGGAAGCAGAUGAGAUUGAGCUGAAGUUUGUGAACAGGAGAAACUAUGAAGAUAUGAGUCUCUUCAGUAUUAUCUUGAACCAAGAAAUCAGAAGGUUGUCAAGACAGGUUAUCAGAGUGAAAUGGUCACUCCACGCAAGAGAGGAGAUUGUUUUCGAGCUUCUACAUCAUUUGAGGGGAAAUGCAGCAAGAAUGUUGCUAGAGGAAAUAAGAAAGAGUACAAGACAAAUGAUAGAGGAGCAAGAAGCUGUUCGAGGUCGUUUGUUUACUAUUCAAGAUGUUAUACAAAGCACUGUUCGGGCAUGGUUGCAGGAUAGAAGCCUUCGUGUAACCCAUAAUUUGGCUGUUUUUGGAGGCUGUGGUCUUGUGCUUUCUAUCAUCACUGGGUUAUUUGGGAUCAAUGUUGAUGGGAUGCCUGGAGCAUCUGGUACACCAUAUGCAUUUGCUCUAUUUACUGGCAUCCUCCUCUUCGUAGGAUUGGUGCUGAUUGCUGUUGGGUUACUUUACCUUGGACUGAAGAAGCCAGUCACCGAAGAGCAGGUUCAAGUAAAAAAGUUGGAGCUGCAAGAAUUAGUAAAGAUGUUCCAGCACGAAGCAGAGACUCAUGCCCAAGUUCGUAAAACCAUGCGUCGCAAUAACUUGCCACCAACUUCUGGAGAUAUUUUCUCAGAAGAUGUUGAUUAUGUUCUCAUCCAAUGAAGACAUUAUGCUAAUUCAAGGUGAUUGUUACAAUGACUCCAAGUCAUCGGUGACUUCACUUUUUUGUUAGGAAAAAAGUUAAGUAAAUGCAUAUGUUUAUGUAAUUCAGUUGCAGACAGAAAGUAAAUUAGAUUUGAGCGAAGUCAUGGAAGAAAAACGCACCAACCAAUGCUUCCUGCUCAAAAGAGAUCUUAUGUAAUUCCUUGGAUCAGAUAUAUAUCUUCUGAAGGUUUUUUUUUUAAUUAAGACAUUACCACUUUUAUCAUCA